UUACGCCCACAUUGUCUUGCACGAGACCGCCUUCGUCUUUGGACACCCGCCACCCCUAGAUCUCGCGAAGAUCACUCAGGGUCCAUUGUCGCCUUAUCUGACGACGAUGUCAACCGCAUCUUUGCAGUGCUUGCCCACUCUCACGCUGUCGGCACACGUGAAUGCUAUGGGUCCGGACUUCUGGUAUACCAUGUCUUCUGCGAUUCUUGCAACAUCCCUGAAACUCAGUGUUGCCCCGCUUCGUCCUUUUUACUACUCGCCUUCGUAGCCAGCUGCGCUGGGUUAUAUUCAGGUCGUACGUUAGAAAACUAUUUUUACAGCGUGCGUGCCUGGCACUUGUUGCAUGGUCUACCCUGGCUGGUCAACCAAGCUCAAGUCUCUCUUGCCCUCGAAGGCGCAAAACGUCUUGCGCCGCCUCAAUCCUCUCGUCCUAAACGCUCCCCUUUCACGAUCACGCUGCUCACUCAAAUU